CAGAAAAUAAUUUAAGAAAGAAGGCAGAUUGUUUUGAGGAACUGUACUACUCACACAUGUGAAAUUAUCCUGUCUGGCUACAAAUCAAAGGAAAUGCCUUGUAGCCUUCUCAAUUUUGGAAGUAUCUUAUUUUAUUUAUUUUAUUGUCUAAUAUGAAUGAUAAACAGCAUAAAAGAACCGUGAUACUGUUAGUUCUUCAUCUGGGAUAUUAGUUAUGGAUUCAGACAUGACAUCCAGGAACUGUUUUCCACCUGUUGCUCAGCAGAAAAGGAUUUUGUAUUAUUACCAAAAGGAUAUUUUCUCAAAUGUAUUUCUUCCAUUUACAAUCAUUUUGUGUUCCAGCAUAGCAGUUGCAUCCUUUUAUAAUUUAAUACUACUGAAAGCAGAGAUUGCAAGCCUACGGACUGAGUUACAGUCAUACAAAAGCCUUGCUGGAAGACAACAUGAUGACCCGCUAAUAUUUAAUGAUGGAAGCAACAGAGAAAACAGUGACACAUACAUCGUGCAGAAAGAGAGAGAAAAAACAUCAAACCAACAACUGGAAAGAAAACACGUGGAAAAUGUAUUCAUAAAAAAGAGGUCCCGUAGGUUUGUUGCUGGAGGCGAAGGACAAGUGUUCCAUUCGUGUUUACAGUUGAUUGCAGACAGCAAAAAUACAGUUCUGGAAAAAGAUGAUGAAACAAGCAUUAUUCCUUGGCUUCUUAGUUUUAAACGUGGAUCUUCCCUAGAAGAAAAACAAAAUAAAAUCCUGAUUAAAGAAUCUGGGUACUUUUUUGUUUAUGGCCAGGUUUGGUAUACUGAUGAAGUGUUUGCAAUGGGACAUUUAAUUCAAAGGAAAAAGGCUCAAAAUGUGGGAGAUGAUCCCAAUUUGGUAACAUUGUUUAGAUGCAUCCAAAACAUGCCUUUGGAUUAUCCAAACAACACAUGCUACACAGCUGGAAUUGCAAAGCUGGAAGAAGGUGAUGAACUUCAUCUCACAAUCCCACGAAGUAAAGCAAAGAUUUCUCUAAAAGGAGAAGGGACUUUUUUUGGUGCAAUUAGACUUUAUUAACUUGGACCAACUUAAAAAUAUACUUAUGAGUCCUGUUCUUUCUUCCUUAUAUAUAAAUAUAGAAUUAAACAAAUCACUCUUUUACCAAAACAGGAAAUCUCAUUACAUAAGCACGAGUUGUCUGAUUUACCAGAAACAGUUAUUUUAAACUAUCCAAUUCAAAGAAUUACAUUAAAUCACACUGGUGCAACAAAAGUUGAGGCAACAGUAAUCAGUAAAUUAUACUUUUUUGGUUUGUGAUACGUGUGACUUAGAGUGUUUAGAACAAGCACUUUUCCGUGUUAUAAUGUACACGCUAUAUGUAAGGUUCUUUUUAUGGUAGAUUGUCAGAUACAACAUUUAUCAACAAAAAUGAAAGUCAAUAUAUGGUACUUGUCCAGGUUUACAAUAUGUUCAAAAGUAUUAAUCUGUGAGCAGAGAGUGAGAUUUAUAAAGUACCUGAUUAAGGGGCGUGUCCCUGAAACAGGUUGUGGAACUGUGGUCUGGCCAGGCAAGUAGCUUUUUUUAGAAUUUUUUUUAGCAUUUUUCAGUAUCCUAUUUUGGUGGUUGUUGCUGUUUUUAUCAGAUACGCUGUUAGCAAAUCAAAUGUUUUACGUUCUGCCUCGGUAUGUAUAUAACUUAUGCUGCUAGUAACUAGUGCAUCCUUCUAUUAGCACUGUCUUAUUGCGUACCUGUAUUAUUGAUAUGCACAUUACUCACGCUGCCAGUAGUGUGCUUCCCUAGCAUUUUUUAUAUAUAUAUAUCACCAGCAUUGAAUGUGUCUUGCAUUUGACUUAUUGUAUCAAAAUAUUUUAUAUACACUUAUUGCUUGUAUUGAUACCUUGACAUUUUUGAAUUGUUAAAAUGCUGCUCCAACAAGAGAUCCUGCAAUAAUAAUAAAUGGUGUCAAGUGAUAAGUGAGCCUCACAUUGUUUGAUCUUCCUGAUAGACAUAUAUACUUAUAUUCAUUGUGUCUUUUGUAGACUCUUUUACUGAUGGUUAGUCAUUUUAAUUUGGAAAUAAAUAUUUUGUAUAUUUGAUUUUA